AGGUGGGGAGGGAGUCCGGGCAGCCCCCCUGCAGCGACAGAGUCCCGGCUCAGCUGCGGGGCCGGGCAGGCGGGAGCAGGGCUUGUUUGUGGGCUCCUCGCUCGGCCCGUGUGGACGUCGUUCUGGAGGGUAGCUUUUGGGGAUUUGCAGGUCCUUUCUAGCUCCCUUCUAUGGGAUAUCCAGCUACUGCCCACAGUGACAGUGAAGAUGCUGUAGCUAUCCUCCCCAUUGCCACCUGCUCCCAGAAAGGCUAUGUACCGCUUGUGUGUGGUGGUGGGAUGACUCUGCUGGGUUUUUAGGCUCAUCCAGGUAGUUUUUGCCUCUGCAUUGCCGGGUGUUUCCUUAUUUCUUGCACAGACUUGGAUUAUCCUUUUGAAACAGUGCUUCUUGUGCUUCUGGUAGAGAAGAGCUUGCUGUAAGUGUAGACAAGUGCAAAUAAAUAGCAUUAUUUUAGACCGGAAUUAAAACACUGCUUUAGAGCUCUUUUGUAAGUUUCGUAGUGUUGCCACGUUUAGAUUUUUCUUUUAAUGGAAGUUGGUAAAUCCCGAGACUGCUGCAGGUUGCUGCAGAAACUAUUUUGUAUUCUUCUGGUUUGUACGGAUCUGGUAUGUCUUGGAUACAAAUUGCUUUGCUUUGACAUAAUCCAGCAGUACACUCUAUAUAAUGCAAAGGGUAACUGUCACAUUUAAACUUGUUUCCUUCUGUGUUACUGAUCUGUCGCUAUUUAAACAGUGUCUUCAGCAUGGAAAUUGCAGGCAUUCCUUCCAAAUCCUUUGCCCUUUAAUACUUUUUGUUUCAUUGUACACAUUACAGAACUGGCAUAUAGAAAAACUAGGCACUAGUCAUUGAAAGUCAGCCUCUUGGUUUCAGUGAGCUCAAAUAAAAAGAAAAUUGGGUUGUGGUCUCUAGGCAGCUGUGUCACAAAACCACUUCAGGAAGAGCUAUUACUGCUGAGAAAGAAUAGGUAGCACUUAGGUGCCUUGAGACUAUUCCAGUUGGAUCUGCUCCUGCUACUUGGCCCUAGAAGACGACCAGAGAAGAGGGGUUAGAGCUUGAGACUGAGCAGCCUGGGGUUUGCUUUUGUUCCUGCUGUGUGAACAGGGCAUGUAAGCUUGGGCAUGUGUUCCCUUGCUUUGAUUUGUCUUGAAUCAAGUCACAUAAACCAAUUGAGGAUGUUUUAGAAAUCUGCUAUUUCAGUGGACUUUGAGACAUUCAGAGAAAAUACACUUACUGAUAUUUAAGCUAAAAUAAAGUAACUUAAGGGCUUAAAUUCAUAUAUGGAUGUAUUCUGUGGAAACAGAAACACUUCAACAUUUGCUAUGCCCUAAUUCCAGUAAAGAGUGGUAGGUCUGCAGAACAAAGUGCUUUGUAACAGAGGGGGAGUACUUGUUCUCUGUUCUUUAAAUCCGUGCAAGUGCAGACAUGUUUAGUGCUUCAGUUGAAUGACAGUCUGAGAAACCCAGAAAACUGAACCAAUGCAAAAAUUUAGAAUACGUGAGCAUUUUUGAGAUUUUUUUUUUUCUGUCUUUUUAACAUGAGAAAGCCACAACAAUUGUAGCUGCUUCUGCAGUAGAUAAAUGAAUAAAAUAGGAAAACCUGUAAUGCCACAUGUAGAAAAGGUGUAGGAUUUGUGAGGUUAUUUUUUUGGGAAAAUAACCAUAGUUGAUCACUACUCUUUAUUUCUUAAUCCCUUCAUUUCCAAAAGCUACCCAUCUGAUGAGGGAACUACAGUAGCUACCGCAUUUAGCAGAACUGAAAAUAUGCCUUUUAAGCUGAGUGCGUAUCAGUUUGGUGAUAAAUAACUUGUCCUGCGAGGCCAGUUGUGCCAGUCAUUGUCGUUAAAAAGUCCCAAACAAGGGAACUCCAAAUUUGUAGCCUGUCAGUGUUACCACCAGUGUGGUUUUGCUGUCGGUGACCUUUAAAGGGGAAGUAGGAACCAGACACAGCGAGCAGAGCAGCCGCAGCAGCGGGGGCCUCUGACACUGGAACUUGGGAUAAGAAUUCCUAGACCACUGGGACACGGACCAAGCAGAUUCAUCCCCGAGAAGGAGACGAUUCAAGUGGGAAAGGAAGACGCCAUGAUGCACACGCUGUUUGCAGAUUCUUUUGCCACGCUGGGCCGAUUGGACAAUGUUACCUUGGUGAUGGUUUUCCACCCACAGUAUCUUGAAAGCUUUCUGAAAACUCAGCACUAUCUACUGCAAAUGGAUGGUCCACUCCCGCUUCAUUACCGACACUACAUCGGGAUAAUGGCUGCAGCACGACACCAGUGCUCUUACCUGGUUAACCUCCAUGUGAAUGACUUCCUUCAUGUUGGUGGAGACCCUAAAUGGUUGAAUGGCCUGGAAAAUGCACCUCAAAAGCUGCAAAAUUUAGGAGAACUGAACAAAAUGUUGGCUCAUAGACCCUGGCUUAUCACCAAGGAACACAUCGAGCAACUUUUGAAGACUGAAGAGAACAGCUGGUCCCUGGCAGAGCUGAUCCACGCGGUUGUUCUCCUCACACACUACCAUUCCCUUGCUUCCUUCACCUUUGGUUGUGGGAUCAGUCCAGAGAUCGACUGCGAAGGGGGUCACACCUUCAGGCCCCCUUCCGUCAGUAACUAUUGCAUCUGCGAUAUCACAAAUGGUUACCACGGGGUGGAUGAUGUUCAUGCUAGCCCAACUGGAAGUAUCCCAUCUACAGAGUCUGUCUGUGAAGUUGAAGCUCUUAUGGAGAAAAUGAAGCAGCUACAGGAGUGUCGAGAUGAAGAGGAAGCCAGCCAAGAAGAGAUGGCUACACGUUUUGAAAGAGAGAAGAGAGAAAGCAUGUUCGUGUGUUCCUCAGAAGAUGAAGAAUCGGCACCAGCAAGAGAUGUGUCUCGUCACUUUGAGGACACCAGCUAUGGUUACAAAGACUUCUCCAGACAUGGAAUGCACGUGCCUACCUUUCGUGUUCAGGAUUAUUCUUGGGAAGACCACGGCUAUUCCUUGGUUAAUCGUCUUUACCCAGACGUGGGACAACUACUUGAUGAGAAGUUUCAUAUUGCUUAUAAUCUGACUUACAACACGAUGGCCAUGCACAAAGAUGUGGAUACCUCAAUGCUGAGACGAGCAAUUUGGAACUAUAUUCAUUGUAUGUUUGGAAUAAGAUACGAUGAUUAUGACUAUGGUGAAAUUAAUCAGUUGUUGGACCGCAGCUUUAAAGUCUAUAUCAAGACUGUGGUUUGCACUCCUGAAAAGACCACAAAACGAAUGUAUGAUAGCUUCUGGAGGCAGUUUGAACACUCUGAGAAGGGGCACACGACCUUCUCACCUCUUCCUUUGCUAACAACCCCCUCUGCUCCACAGGUCCAUGUAAAUUUGCUUCUGGUAGAAGCUCGGAUGCAAGCCGAACUACUUUAUGCUCUGAGAGCUAUUACUCGCUAUAUGACCUGAUGUUUCCGGCUGUCUGUCGACCUCGGAAUGUUCUGCAGCUGCAGUGUGGCAGAAGAGGAUGCGAAGCCUCAGGACCAACAGUAGCUCUAAGUUAAGACGCCCAUUGUGCCAUAACUCCUUUAGUUUCAGCUAUUUCAGUGUUUGGAAUAUCCCUGCUGCCACUCGGCAGUGAGCGCUUGGCAGUUGAAAAGACAGGGUUGUGCAGAAGUGCUGCCUGCUCAUGGUAUUUUGGCUUUAGACAGCACGGGACACUCUGAACUUGUGGCAAUAUAGCAAAUGAUAGAUAUAUAGAUCUUGUGUUAAGGCAAAUACUAUGGGAGCUGGAGCGUGACCAGAAGUGGGAUUUGAUGACGUUUGCUUUCCCUACGAGAAUAAUUUUAGAAAAUCUUGUUGCUGCUAUUUGUGCUGGUGGAGUGAACAGACACGGGCUGUUCCAGUUAAGCUAAAAGUGAAAGUGAGCACUGCUAUUGUCUGAGCCUUUAUUGUGUGUGGUUUCAAAAAAUGCCUUGUUAUUUAGAUUUCUUCUUUUAAUCGGGACUAAACCUCUUCUGUCCACACGGAUGAUUUGAAAAAUAGCAGUCAAUUUUCUCAAAUAGUUUAGCCUUAAAAUGCUACAGGACAUUUGUUCAGCAUUAUUGGGUGAGCUCCAAAGUACAACGGUCUUCCUAUGGAAAGAAGGGGCCUUGGGUCCUCAGAGCUUUUUAGAGAUCUAAUGAUGUGACUUGUCGAGUAGCUUUUUGUCUUGGUUUUCAAGGAUGACCCAACACCUGUUCAGGAGCCAGGACAAAGUGUGGGAAUGUUGUUCUAGACUGCCAAACAGUCCUACUGUACGCCAUGCCCAACGCUGGUCUUACUGAGUUUUGCAGUUGCUUAAAUAACUAGGCUAAAAACCAUCUAUUUUUAGUAAAUCAAGACAUGAUUAAAAUGCUGACAUUUAAUAUACGGUGGUUUUGGAGAACACAUGAGUACUUUUGUAUGAGUGUGAAUUGCUUUUUAAAUUUGUCAGUAUUAUUGGUAUUUUUUAAAUAAAGAUAACAACUUUU